UGGAUUUAGUUUGUCGUCAAAAAUGUUAAAGUUUUUGGUCGUUUUGUCGGUUUUUGUUGGAAUCAUUUCUUCAGAAAAACCUGGAGAAUGUCCUCCUGCUUUGCCUCCGCCGGCUUGUAUUAUUUCUUCGUUGAAACUUUGUGAGACCGAUGAAGGGUGUUUUGGUCCGAUGAAAUGUUGUAAGAAUGAUUGCGGAGGAGCGAUUUGUUUGCCGGUGUUUCCAAAACCGCCUGUUCCUGUCCCAGAAGAGAAAUCUAAGUGAAUUAUCAAAAAUUUGUAUUUAUUUUUUCAAUAGUGAUCCAAAAUUGAAUCUAAUUCUAUUGCCCAAAUAAAGAUUUUUAAAAGUU